CUCAUAGGUGUUUUUGGUUGUCGAUCUUGAUUUUUGUUAUGAUUUAUUUUGGUGUGGAUUUUGAAUAAACUGUAAUGCGGAUUUAUCAUGUUGUUCAUUCAUUCUUUCGUUGUUUGGUUUCUGAGAAAGACGAGGGAAAGAAUGGGAUGCGGAGUUUGAAUCUCUCGUCCGGGAGAUUAGAUUAUCUCCUUAAGAGUGAUUUGGGGCCGUUACAAAUGUUGUCGAAAUCGUUGUCCUGUUUUCUUAUAAUGUGAAAUUUGAGGUUCAUGGCUCUAAUCCGCUUAUUUUCGUGCAGUUUCUCAGUCGCCUAAUAGAUGAUUGAGUAACUGGAGAUUAAAUUAAGAUUUGUUUGUCUCAGUUAAGUGGAAGCUAUUAGAACUGAGCUUUCAAAUAAUGGAAAAAUUGAGAUAUCAAUUACCUUUCCUCUGUUAAAAAGGCUCUAGAUGUUUGAGAAAAUUUGGGGAAAUUUAUUGCUCCUCUGAUCAGAUGCAGAGGAAAUUCGAUCAUUUAUUGCCAAUAGUAUUUGUUCAUCCUGUUACGCGAAUCUUCAUGUUGCUCUUCAGUGAAUCUUGAAAGUAAUGAUGAUGAAGCCGAGGGUUACUGGUUUCAUGCAAUUAGAUGAUUCUGACAGCAUUAAUAUGUUUCUAUUUAUCCUAGAAUGUGCAUUUUUUGAAUGUAGCGUAGGCAGAUGGGGUGAAAGAUCUUGAGUGUGAGUUUUCAGUUCAGACUAAUGGCUAUUGCUGGUUUGCAUAAUGUUUCUGUCCCUGAUACUUCUUUCCUAAGGGGAUCUCAGUCUCAAGCUGCAAGACAGCAGGGAAACGAAGGGCGGUCGGGUACCCGGUCAUCCUCUAUGCUGCAAAUGUGGAGGGAGAUUGAGGAUGAACAUGUGGUGAGUCAUGGCCAAGAAAGAGUUGGUGAGAGAAUUUUCCAACAAAGAAAUUAUGAACUUUCCAGGACAGAUAUGUCUGAUGGUGGUAGUAGCGAAAACAGUGGUAUUCCAGAGGAUGUCAGUGUCAGUGAGAACAAUUAUGGACAGUGGUCUACAGGUCCAGUUGGGCAUCAAAACGAACAAGAGGAUACAAGCAAUUUUAAUCGUGACCACUCUUCUGAUUUGGGGCUAGAUGAAAGGGAAAGGGUGAGACAAAUUUUUCGGGAAUGGAUGAACAGUGGUGUGAGAGAGCAGAGAUCUAAUGUUUCCUCUGUGAACCAUGGCUCAAGGGCAGAAUGGCUUGGUGAAACUGAACAGGAGAGGGUGAGAAUCAUAAGGGAGUGGGUGCAAAUGAAUAGUCGUCAGCGAGGUGCACGUCCUGAUCAUAGAGAUGAACAAGUGGCUGAAGUUGGUGGACAAAUUGAACGAGUUCUUGACGGAUUGGCUGCUAACCUGAAUGAAGGUCGAAACGAGCAUAUCCAUAGGGGCAUUCGUAGAUUAUGUGGCAGACAAGCCCUGCUUGAUAUGCUGAAGAAAUCGGAAAGAGAGAGGCAAAGAGAGCUCCAAGGUUUAUUGGAGUGUCGUGCUGUCUCUCAAUUCGCUCAUCGCAACCGCAUUCAGUCAUUGCUGAGAGGCAGGUUCUUGCGAAAUGAUAGAAUAAUUGACAGUGGGAGGGCUACUACCUCUGUGGCAGCAAGUGAAUUAGGUUUGUUGAGGCAAAGGCAGACGGUAUCUGAUCUGAGGGAUGGAUUUCUAUCUAGGUUGGACCACUCUUGUGAUCAAGCAGGUGGCAACCUCUCUGAUACAUCAUCUAACAUUGACACUUAUGGCAAUAGAAAUGAACAGAAUAGUGAAAUUAGUUCACUGCAACUCGUGCAUGAAAUUCAUGGACAAUUUGAUUCCAAUAAUGAGGAAAUUGAGAGCCAUGGGUUAUCUAAUGGUAGAACUAACAUGGAAGGCAGCAUUCUCGAAGAAAGAUGUUCACAGGAAGCUACUGAUUGUUUGGAGGAGUGGUCUGAACAAGUUUCAGAGAGUGAUGUUAGAGACAUGCAACAGUUAGCCUCUGUUUCGAACUUGGAACGGGGUGAUGUUAAUGGGCAAGAAGAGGAGAGAAACUGGCAGGAAGGUCCUAAUAGUGAAACAUCCCUAGAAAGUUUCAGAAAUGAAGGUGAUGUCCAUUUUGAGCAACCCAGCGAAGUAGUCACUUAUCGAUCUCAUCGAAAUAGGGAGGAUUAUUCUGGCUCAAUUUUAUCAGAUCAUUCAGACAGUGUGGAAAGCAACACUACUGAAGAUUUAAAUCAGCUUGAAUCUUCUACCUUAGUAGAACAACAGCAUGAUCAAGUUUUGGAAACUGUGGUAGGAAACUUAUUUGGAUCUAAUGAAAUGAGAGGUGGUAUUGGGGAUGAUGUGGACAGACGGCAGCAAGAAACCACCAAUGGAUUGUCCCAAAGUUUUUUGGGAAAUGAAGACUUGGAACACGAUCGUAUGCAGCAAGCAUCUGAAGUGUGGCGUGUGGAUGGUGAAUAUCAAGAGGCCAUGCAGAAUUGGUUUGAUGGGCCUUCUGAUGAGACUGUUUCAGUUGGAAGAGUUGAUACGUUUUAUCUACCUGAUGAUGGUAAUGUUUACAGUACAGAAAUCCGGGAACUACUAACUAGGAGAAGCGUAUCUACUCUUCUUCGUAGUGGGUUCCGUGAGAGUCUUGACCGAUUAAUACAAUCAUAUGUCGAAAGGCAAAGCCAAGCUCCUUUCGAAUGGGAAGGAACUUCUACUCCUGCCGCAUCAGCUGAACAAGAUCUGGAGCAGCAGACAGGGGAUCAUAAUGAAGGGAGGGGUGAUGCUGUUGGGAGCCCUCCCACUCCACCCCCUCUACCACCCCCACAUGCACCUCCUGUUCGGCAGAUCUGGGUCGAUGGGCCGCAGGACUAUAGAUGGUCACAGCAUGACAUGCAUCAUCGUUUGGGAAUUGAGUGGGACAUUGUUAAUGACUUGAGAUUUGACAUGGCUAGGCUACAGCAAAGGAUGAAUAACAUGCAAAGUAUGCUUGAAGCUUGCAUGGAUAUGCAACUAGAGUUGCAACGAUCAAUUAGACAGGAAGUUUCUGCUGCUCUGAAUCGAUCAUCUGGUUCUGCAGGGAUCUGUGAAAAUGGCUUACCAGAGGAUGGAUCUAAAUGGGAUAAUGUGAGGAAAGGGAUUUGCUGCAUAUGUUCCAAUAGCAACAUUGAUUCUUUACUGUACAGAUGUGGGCACAUGGGCACAUGUUCGAAAUGUGCCAACGAGUUGGUCCAAUGUGGGGGAAAGUGUCCAAUGUGUAGGGCACCGGUAGUUGAGGUGAUCCGUGCUUAUUGCAUCUUGUGAUACAAUGGUUGGAAAAGAGAAAGAAAUGGUAAAAAAAAAAUGACGGAUGUGAGAUUCCAGUCCAUGCUUCUGCAUCCCACCAGGUAGUCUAUUUAUGGAAUGACUAACCAGAUGACUUUUAUUCUUUUUUCAUUUUGAGAAUAAUGAAAAGAGGAAAAGAUUGACAUCGA